AUGCCUGCCAGGUCUAUACAGAAAAAGGAUUCCGUCAACUAUGCAUUGUUUCUGCAUCGCGAAGAGCUAAGAAAAAGGCGAGCCUCCGCCUCCAGAGUUUCCCGCACCAAACUCCUACUAACCCACGAACUAAUUUCGAAGACCUUGAAGAACAUCGACAAGUGUUCACCCAUGGAUUUGUUGAUCCUUGGCCGUGAGACAAUUUUCAAAAAGAAUCUUUUGCGACAGAUGACCCAUGAAAGACAACAUCAACAAAGCAAAUAUAGAGGUCAACAGGAACAGCAGCGUCAACUUAUGCAGCAUGAAAACAGACGUCCUCUCCAAAGGACAUCAUCUUCUCUGGGCAAACAACAGCAUUGGUAUAACAACGGACGAAAACGAUCUUUGAAAUUCUAAGCAAUUACAAAAUUUUCACAACGGGUUUUAUCUUAAAGAUAUUUUACUCAAUUUUAAGUACCUUAUUUUGAUAAACUAAUUAUUU